AUGUUUGCGAGGCCAAACUGGGGAUAUUACCACACCCAGAACGAGCCUGCGGGAGAAAAUGUAGACGUGAAAUUGUUUUAUGAAGCCUUUUGUCCACAUUGCAGAGUGUUCGACACCGAGCAAUUCAGACCCGUCGUGGAAAGACUCGGUCAAUACCUGGAUAUAACUACGUACCCGUACGGAAAUGCUCAAACCAUCGAAAAGGACGGAGAGACCUCUUUCAUCUGCCAAAAUGGACCCGACGAAUGCUACGGAAACAAAUUGCACGCGUGCGCCCUACACGAGAUUCUGAACAAGACUACAGCGCUGAUCUUCAAUGCUUGCAUGAUGGAGUUCUCGCAAGAGGAUCGAGGAUCCGAUGACAAAGCGGCAGAUGCAUGUGGUAAAUCUAUGAACAUUGACUCGAAGCCCAUAAAACGAUGCGCGAAAGGACCCAGGGGCGUUGAACUGCUAAAGUACUACGGAGAAGAAAGCAAGAAGGUCAACUUUAAGCACGUGCCGCACAUCCUUAUAAACGGCGUGCAAAACGACGGCAAACACUUUGCACGAGACGUCUGCGCAGCCCUCGCUGCUGUUCCUCCAGAAUGCGCUGAUCUGCUGUAA